ACACUACUGGCCAGUUUUUCAGGUCCUCCUGUCGACGUGCAGUUCUUCGCUUUCUCUGGUCGGACAUUCUAGCAUUCCAUUCCCAGGUGAAGCCAGGUAAGUCUGUCAAGGCGUGGGGUCUCAUAAGCAACCCCAUCAUCACGAACAUUUAGCCGAGGUCCAAACUUCAAAGUCAACUAGUCGCCGACAUUGCAGUAACUACAACCACCCUUUCUCGACAUUCUUCUUAGCGUACAUCAAAUCCUACACCUAGGUGACGCGACUAUCAGCUGCGUCCUCGCAUCGUCUCAGUCGAUGCCCUGAACCAGAGCACAGUCCUUAUCCCCUCCUUCGCCUGACCAUGACAGAGCUAGGCCUAGACUUGGCCUCCAAACGCCUCCGCAAACGCACCGACUAUGGCUACCACCUAGACUACCGAUUACGAUGGAACGACAAUGACGUCUUCGGCCACAUGAACAACCCAUACUACGGCGUUCUCAUCGACAGCAUCGUAAACCAAUACAUGAUCGACGAGUGCGGGUAUAAAGUCAACAAAGGCGAACAGGCCGGCAUCAUAGCAAACACCUACUGCGACUAUUUCGGGUCGGUAUCGUAUCCGGACCAAGUCGACUGUGGAUUACGCAUUGUCAAACUCGGCAAAGCUAGCGUGAUGUAUGAGGUUGGUAUCUUUCGCAAGGGCGAUGAGAGUGUCAAGGCUGUCGGAGGGUCGACGCAUGUCUUUGUCGUGCAGGAGGGUGGGAACUUGGGGAAGCCGACGAAGGAGGGAAUGCCGAAGUAUAUGCGUGAUGGGUAUGAGCGGUUGAUAAAGGCGCAGGGGGCGAAGGGGCCGAAGCUGUGAUCUGACCUCGAAAUUUAUUCGAGGAUGAAUUCGGGAGAAAUGGUCGAGCGUACAGGGAGUUUUGGUUAUCUUUGGGUUGGCACAUUCGGCGUGGUAAGAGCUGGUGCGGAAUGAGUGCAUCGCACAGUACAUUCUUCGUUCUUCGAUGAACGCAAGAGAUGAAGUGUUGCUGCUACAAUUGGCACGAGCCGGGUCUUUGUCAGGGCUGCCGAUGCGGACUCAAAUUUCGCCAAGGCGAGUAUUAUACUGGGUUCCAGCAGGGCUGAGAAGCAUCCGCUAGUAUACCUUAGCAAGCGACCGUGCCGAGUACUAUAAGUGGCACGCAUGUGGUGGAAAUCUCUCAUCAGAGGCAUGC